UAUGUGCAUUUUUUAAUUUUAAAGAUCGAUUUCUAUUCAUAUCAUCGGUUAGACUUUAGAAUAUCUUGCUGUGUCUCCCUCUUCCACGGAAACACAACAGCUCAGAUAAAGCAGUCUUGUCUUAUUUUCAAUGAUUAAUCCAGGCACCCUUUUGAAUGGACACCGCAAAACUGUUGUCCCUUUUGAAAACCUGCAUUAGUUCUAAGUCAUUGGUAAAGGGUAAGCUCCUUCACCAGAAAAUAAUCACUUUCGGCUUCCAGAACAACAUCGCCUUUUGCAAAAACCUCAUCAGCUUCUACUUCUCUUGCCAUUUACAUGACUCCGCAUUCCGUGUUUUUAAGACCAUUGACUACCCAUUAGACAUUUCUUUGUGGAAUGGCCUCAUGGCUGCUUACACUAAGAGCUUCCUGUUCGUUGAAGCUCUUGAUCUCUUCGAGAGGUUAUGGGAAUAUCCUUAUUUAAAGCCUAACAGUUUCACCUAUCCAAGUGUGCUAAAGGCUUGUGGUGGGUUGGGAAGUGUUGAUUAUGGGAAAAUGAUCCAUACCCAUUUGAUGAAAGCUGGAUUUUUAUAUGAUGUUGUUGUUGCAAGCUCUCUUGUAAGCAUGUAUGCAAAUUGCAAAAUGUUUGAACAGGCUACGCUCGUGUUUGAUGAAAUGCCUGAUAGAGACGUUGCCUGCUGGAACACUGUUAUUUCCUGUUAUUAUCAAGAUGGGAAAGCUGAAAAAACAUUGGAAUUAUUUGGGAAGAUGAGGGAUGCUGGGUUUGCGCCUAAUUCAGUGACACUAACAGUUAUUUUCUCAGCUUGUGCAAGGCUUAUGGACCUGGAAAAAGGGAGGGCGAUUCAUGGAGAAUUGGUCAAACACGGGCAUGUGUUGGAUGGUUUUCUUGGCUCUUCUCUUGUUGACAUGUAUGGGAAAUGUGGUUGUAUUGAGAUGGCUAGGGAGGUUUUUGAGCAAAUUCCAGAAAAGGGUGUGGUUACUUGGAAUUCCAUGAUUGCAGGUUACAGUUCAGUAGGUAAUAGCCAAUCAUGCAUGGAACUCUUUAAGAGGAUGAAUAUGGAAGGGAUUAAACCCUCUCUGACUAGUUUAAGUAGCAUAUUGAUGGCUUGUUCAAGAUCAGCCCAACUUCAGUAUGGAAAAUUUAUACAUGGUUAUAUGAUAAGAAACAUGGUAGAAGCUGAUAUUUUUGUUAACAACUCCCUUAUUGAUCUAUACUUCAAAUGUGAAAAUGUUAAUUCAGCUGAAAACAUCUUUAAGAUGAUGCUAAAAACAGAUUUAGUCUCUUGGAAUAUUAUGAUCUCCGGAUAUGUCUCUAUUGGAAAAUUUUUUGACGCUCUUGGCAUCUAUGAAAACAUGAUGAAAGCUGGUGUAAAUCCAGAUGCAGUAACAUUUACUAGUGUCUUAGCAGCUUGUUCACAGUUGGCAGCCUUAGAAAACGGAAAGGAGAUUCAUAAUUCUAUAAUUGAGAACAAAUUGGAAAGAAAUGAAGUAGUCAUGGGGGCUCUCCUAGACAUGUACGCAAAAUGUGGUGCUGUAGAUGAAGCAUAUAAAAUUUUCUGUGAGUUACCAGAGAGGGAUCUCGUGUCUUGGACUUCUAUGAUCACUGCUUAUGGAUCUCAUGGUCAAGCUCUAGAUGCUUUGGAACUUUUUGGUGAAAUGCAGCAAUCUAAUACAAAACCAGAUGGAGUUACUUUUCUUGCAGUUUUAUGUGCAUGUAGCCAUGGAGGAUUGGUUGAUGAAGGUUGCUAUUAUUUCAAUCAACUGACCAAUGAGCAUAGUAUUGAGCCUCAACUUGAACACUAUUCAUGCUUGAUUGAUCUUCUUGGACGUGCCGGAAGAUUACAUGAAGCUUAUGAGUUUGUCCAAAGUACCCCGAAGACUAGAGAGGAUGUUGGGUUGCUAAGCACUCUAUUUUCCGCAUGCCAUUUGCACAAGUGUUUGGAGUUGGGGGAGAAAAUUGCAGAAUUGCUUAUUGAGAAAGAUCCUGAUGAUUCAUCAACCUAUGUUAUUUUGUCAAAUAUGUAUGCUUCUGCCAAGAAGUGGAACAAGGUACGCAAAGUGAGAUUAAAGAUGAGACAACUAGGGCUGAGAAAGAACCCUGGUUGUAGCUGGAUUGAGGUUGACCAGAGGAUCCAACCUUUCUUUGUAGAAGAUAAUUCACACCCACAAGCAAAGAUCAUAUAUGAUUGUCUAUCAAGUCUUAACAGUUACAUGGAGAAGGAUAAUGUGACGGCAGCUUUCGAAUCUAGCACGGACCAAGGUGUUUUAUAAAACUGAAAAUUGAACAAAAAAUCAAGCACUGCAGGCAACUUAAUGUUUGCAAGUGACUAGUAUCAUGAGGAGUUUUCUGUUUCUGAGUCCAAUUUCAGGACGCUCUGGGAACACUUGGCAUCUACUGAUGUUAUUGAGUUGUUCAGUAAGGUAAAAGUUGAGCACUGUCAAGCAACUAGAGAUUUGAGAAGCUGUGGAUGUUAUGUACAGCAUGCAUCAAAACUCACGUGAACAUGCCUCCGUAUGUACAGAGUGGAUUCGAUGGUGUGAUCUUUCCUCUACAAUGGGCCAAAGAGGCCUGUUGCCAUAGCCGUUAAUCAGUUUAGAUUUCGGUGUUUCAUUGUGGGCACAGGAUGUGUUUGGGGAAAGGAAAUGGCUUAUAUCCAAAUGAAGACAAUCGUGGUGGCUUUAAAUUCGAUGCGUGAGUUUGAGGCCAUAGCCGUUGAAGGUGGUGCAAGUGCAGAGAAGAUGAUGGACCCUCCUUACACCUUCUCACUUCUUUUGAAAAUGAGAGCUUCGGCUGAAGAAAAGGAAGGAUUGGCAAAUGAUAUUGAAGGAAACUAGUCUUGUUGAACUCGUUAAAUUUCAUAGAAGGUACUGUAUUAACCUAUAUAUUUAUUUUGACUUCAUCACAUUUUACAUUAAUAUUAAUGAUAACAAAACCUUAUAA